AGCAGCGGCAGCGAGUCGACUCGCGCUGAGAAAGGAAGCACGAUUCAUAUCAAUCCGGAAGCCUCUUGUCUGGACAGAUAUCACCUUUUGUUAUUCACGCGAAAUGUGCAGAUUAAAUAAAUGAAUAAAACAAUAUUUUUAUUCAAAAAACUCCCAGUCUAAUCCGGAAGUCUCUCCCUCUCUCGCUCUCCCUCUUGCUCUCUCUCGCUCUUUUUUUUUUUUUCCUCUACAACAAACAUGGCCGCUAAAUCUGAUGGAGCAGCCGUGUCUGUGCAGAAUGAAAAUCCAUCUCGGACUCUGGCGAGCCCGGAGCACCGUCCACACCUAUACCGCCAUGCCGGGAAGCGCUACUCCCUGCUGGACUGCUGCUGGGUUCUCUGUGCCCUCUUGGUCUUCUUCUCGGACGGGGCCACCGACCUGUGGCUGGCGGUGGACUACUACCUGAAGCGGGACUACUGGUGGUUCGGGCUGACGCUCGUUUUCGUGGUGGUGCCUUCCGUGGUGGUUCAGGUGUUAAGUUUCAGGUGGUUCGUCUACGAUUACUCGGAUAACAGCAAUAGCAGCGGAGCAGCCGCCGCCGCCGCAGCGGCGUCGGGCGGAGAUUUUAAUUUCAGCACCAAGGGCAGCGACCAGCGAGGCGCCGGCUGCGCUACCGGGGCGAGGGUACUACCCUCAUCCGGCAGCCGGAGCGGUACCCAGAGGUGCUGCAGGAUCUGUAUGUGGCUCUUUCAGUCCAUCAUCCACAUCCUGCAACUGGGACAAGUCUGGAGGUAUCUGCACUCCCUGUACCUCGGGGUCCUGAGCCGCUGGCGUGGCCAGCACGAGCAGCAGCACUUCUACUGGCGGAUGAUGUUCGAGAGCGCGGACAUCAACAUGCUGCGCCUGCUGGAGACAUUCCUGAAGAGCGCCCCCCAGCUGGUCCUCCAGCUCAGCAUCAUGAUUCAGGGCAACGAGAUCCAGCCCUUGCAGGGCCUGUCAGCCUCGGCCUCUCUGGUCUCGCUGGCAUGGAUGAUUGCCUCCUACCAGAAGGUCCUCCGCGAUUCCCGUGAGGACAAGAUGGCCAUGUCCUAUAAGGCCGUCAUCAUUCAGAUGCUGUGGCACCUCUUCACCAUCGGGGCCCGAACCAUCGCUUUCGCUCUCUUUGCCUCUGUGUUCCAGCUCUACUUUGGCAUCUUCAUCGUCACCCACUGGUGCAUCAUGACCUUCUGGAUUAUCCAGGGUGAGACAGACUUUUGCAUGUCCAAAUGGGAGGAGAUCAUCUACAACAUGGUGGUGGGCAUCAUCUACAUCUUCUGCUGGUUCAAUGUGAAGGAAGGGCGGAGCCGCUACCGUAUGUUAAUCUACUACUUCAUCACCCUCUCUGAAAACGCUGCCUUGACGGUGCUCUGGUAUCUGUACCGGGGUCCGCAGACCACAGACUUCUGCGCCUUAAUCAUAGUUUGUGUGGUGGUCUGCAGCUUCGCUCUUGGAAUGUUCUUCAUGUUCAUCUACUACUGCCUCCUGCACCCGAAUGGACCGAUAUUUGGGUCGCAGUGGGGCUGCGUGGAAGAGGAAGGGCCAGAACCUUGUGCAGCACCCCCUGAUGUUGUCACAAGCCCCCCCAGGCCCCUGCAGAGGACUAUGGGUGUGGACAGGGAACUGGUACCAGGAGACAGAGAAAGCUGUCUGCCCGUUUUCCAAGUUAGGCCUUGUGUGCCUCCUACUCCAGUUCCUCGCACCCCCCGGACAGAAGGGCCAGUCAUUAGGAUAGACUUGCCCAGAAAACGGUACCCAGCCUGGGAUGCCCAUUUCAUUGACAGGAGGCUCCGCAAGACUAUCCUCGCCCUGGAAUCUACUUCUCCUGUUACGCCCCGAUUGCAGUACAGAAGUAUCAGUGCGCCCAAGGAAGUGAUGGAGUACGAGACCACAGUGUAACCAGUCUUCACUGAGGUCUAAGACCUGAUGAGAGGCACCCCAUCCUUUACAAGGAAGGAUAAACCCGGAAGUUAACACGCAGACGAGGGUCAGGGGCUGUUGACCUCACAGGCUUAACGCCAGCGUACCGUAUCCAGGCACAUUGGGCACAUUUGCAGACAACAAUAAGGCCAGAGAGUGUACAAAAGCAACCUGAAGAAACUGCUGCAGAAGAGUGUGCCAGUCAGAUUUGUAUACUGUAUGUUUUUCUUUACUGGCUGUAGCAGAAAAAGAAUUAUUUUGCAGUUCAGCAGUGUUUGACAUGAAGCCCGCGCGUCUUUGUUGAGUUGACUUUGUAGCACUGCAUUAUUAAUAUGCAAAGGGUUGUAGGUUGGUUUGCUUCGGUAUGGUAAUGGUUUGCAGACUUGUCUUUUUUUUUUCUCAGUGGCCAUGUCUUGUAACUUAUUUUUUAUAACCAAGUUUAUAUGUCUGCCUUACUUUCGGGUUAUUGUAGAUUUUGUGACUGAUACAAUCCAAUUGUUUGUUAACUAAAAGUUUACAGUUUGGGCCAAACCAUUGUAAUGUCAGUUAAUGAAAAAAGCAUAUUAUAAAUGGUAUAUCCUUAUUCAAAAACAAAAAGCUGUGAUCAAAGUGUAGAUGGCUAAAAUACAGUAGCAAAAUGGCUGAGGAUAACAGCCUUAAAAACAAUGACUAGCUUGUGAAAAUCUUUUUUAUUUGUGAUUAUUUCAAGUGAAUUGAUAGAUUGUCUGGAACUGCUUUUAUGACAUUUUCUGCUAUAUUAAAUGUCAACCCUACAUAUAAUCUUCCCUUAGCUCCCGUUAUCAACACUAAUGAAAAGACAAUAAGAGCAUGGGAAGACGUUUGUCUCACAGCAGUAGGUGCUAGAAAUGAGUGGAAAGUCUGCAAUGUUUUUGUAUCACUUAAUCUUUCAAAUUUGAAAUGCAUAAAAAUGGGAUGUUGCUCUACUUAAAAGUAGAAUCUUUUACACACAGUCUUGUCAAUCAAUCCUGUCUGUAGCAUCAGCUGAAGCAAACCGAGACCAAACAAAGAAGGGGAAGACAUCGUAUUUUGCUUUCUUUUUUGACUCGCAAGAUUUCGGUUCCUCUGUCUUUACCGUAUGAGAAACCAGCUUACAAUUAUUUGCCCCGACUUCUCAACAUAUUGCGAAAGGGUCAUACUGUAUUUGUCGCUGGAGAGGCAAUGGGGAAUGCCACUAUGCGGCAGGUCCACAAUGGUGAAUCCAACUCCCAUGCAGGAAGAGGCCAGUAGCUUUAUGGAACAAGACAGGGGAGAGGGGGAAGGGGAGUCCUCAGUAUCAAUGAGUUAACAUUGGUGCUAACUGUGAGUCUGGUUAAAGCACCACUUAAGCCAACAGUACAGUCAAGCCUUACUCUGUCAAUUGCUGGUCAUGGCCAGACUGUUGCUAUUCACUGCAAAAAAAUAUAUGUACAGUAAAUCUAAAUAAUUACAAUGAAACAAAGACAUAAAUAAUAAUCAUGGUGUUGAUGAUGAAAGUUCUAAUAUUAUUAAUAAUGAUGGAAUAAUACUGAUAACUGGUACAUUUUUUAAAGAACUGAUCAUGUAUGAGACAGCAUCCCACAGUGUGAGUUGAGUGUUGGUUCACUACAGGCCUGGUUGGAUCUGGAUUGAUUACUGUUCUGUUGAACACUGUGUGCUGCUGAAUGAAAGACAUCUGAUUAUAGGAUUCACAAUUGUUUCAUUUAGCCUGAGCAGUAUUAACCAACCUGGAGGAGGAAACCCCUGUUUUGAUUAUUUAAAAAAGAAAACCUGUUUCCAUAAAUAUAUAUUGGUUACACUGGUGCUGAACAUGUGAAAGUCUCUACUAACAUACAGGACAACUUAUAAUGGACUAUAAUUGUUGGUCCACUAUGGAUUGGUUCUAAGAUGGUUUAGUGUAAUUAUAAUCAGACUCCCUUGAAAAGCAUGAACCCAUUACUCGAAGAGCAUAAUUUCCAACCACGAUUAAGGGUUGGUGAGCAUACCUUUCUACAAUUUUCCCAGAAUGUUUUGCAAAUGUGCCUCACAACCUGACAGCACAGAAAUUCCAGGUCAGACGGCAAAGUGGUCAAUCUUUCUGGGUGCUAAUACAACCUGGUGCUGAUGCAGAGAAAGAUGCCCAACUGCGUCAAAGCCUGCAGAGCUGCAGUGUGCCCUAUAGGCUCACAGACCAAACUGGGAACCAUUAUAUUCUCUUGGGUUUCAUCCAAACCAGGUGUAUACUAAUUAAUCAAGCUACAUUUUAAAAGAAAUGACUUUCACACACAUUUGUGUCUAGGCUGAUCUUAUUUCAUAACUUGACAGUAAGACUGGAACAACUAAAAAUUAACCAAAAAGGAGGGAAAUAAUCAUUUUAGAUCUUUUCUUUUUUUGAGGGGUGAGAGAGGGAGCUGCAUCGUGUAGUUUCUUUCCAUGCCAAAUAUAUUUUUUAAGUCUGUAUAUUAAUGACAAGCCAAAAUGAGACUUCUGUAAAAAAUACCCAUUGCAAACCAUUUUUUUACAUCAUCAUGAAAUUAUAUUUAAGUCUCUAGAGAAGUAUUUACAGUACAUGGCAAGGAAUGGCUAAAGUGGUUUACAAUAUCUAGUCUGUUUCUGUUGGCAACCAAGGUGUCAGUCUGAAAUUACGGCAUUGUGUAAAUUGCAGCCGAACAGUGGUUAAUGACUAGAGUCAAAACAAAUAUCACUUUUGAUUUAUCACAUUUAAAUGAAAACUUUUUUCUUUCCUUUAAGCGUGACCUUAUUCUUAAUGUUCCUUAAGGAAUCACUAAGUUUACUUAAAUGUGGUCUGGCAGAGAUGUGCUAUGAUUAUCAUCAUAACAUGGCCAUUACAUCUCUGGCCUUUCCAGUUCAUUCUAUAGCAGAAUGCUCCUGCAACUAGCAUUGUCAUUAUUUAAUUCAUAAAUUAGCAGGAUAGCUAUAACUUUUAAGGUGCUGGUUUUCUAAAAAACUAUUUUCUCAAGCUGGAUGUGUUGAAGAGGGCUGAAAAGGGUGUAAGUUGAAUGUUCCUGAUCCAAGCUGACUUUGUGGAAAAAACACUAUUCAGUCCUUCAGAUCCCAUUAUGUCAAUUAAUAGUUCUGAACCAGUAAAGGCAUUGUAAUGGUAACCAUAAAACAUGUUGAAUAUUUCUUUUCACCUUUCUAUGACUUCUCACCAGGCAAAAUGAAUAACUCUUAGAAUAAUGGGAUUGCAUUCAACUGCAGUUUUUGUCCAAUAAUGCUCUACAUGAUUGGCUAUUAAUAACAUUCUGAAUUUAGCCAGUAUGUACUUACAGGCAAGUUUUGGUUUCCCACACACUACACAGCUCUCCACUGUUGAAUGCUGUCAGGUGAUUGCAUUUGUUAAAUGACAUGUAUGAUGCCAUUUGUUUCUGGUAGAAAUGUCUUACAAUUUCUAGAGUCAUUUAUUUGUUUGUUUGUUUGUUUGUUUGUUUAUUUGCCUGUUGUUGUCUUGGCGUUUCAUUCUUUGACAUGUCUUUGUUCACAGAUUUGUUUGAAACUGCUCUGCCUGAAUGUGUUUUUGAAAUGCUUUCUACUGAACAUGCAGGGGUAAAAUACUUUGUUAAAUACAAGCGACUGGACAAAGCACAUUUCUGCCUCUGAUUUUCAGCAGUUGAGUUCGUACUUUUUGCUUUCCGUUUUUUCAGGCUUUGCAAAAAAAAAAUUAAUCUUGUCCUGGUCUCACGAAUUGGAAGUUUGCCACACAAAAUAGUGAACAUUUCGCAAGAGUUCCUCAAGGAUAAAGGAUAUAAGUUCAGGAAAAACGAUUUUCCCAAGAUAGCGUGGCUGUGAAUGUUGAUCGCAUGCAGAAUGGGUCCCACUGUCUGAUGUGAGUGAAACAUUUAUGAGGAAUUGUGUCUUGUUGCGUCACACACAAGGCCAGACCUCUAAAGAAAACAAUAGUGAGCUAAGAUUCAAACUAAAAAACAAAGAUUUUGCAUUUUACUUCAGAAAAGCUACCCAAAGCUAUGAAAGAGUUCUGUAGAUGUUUGUAUUUGUCCUGAUGAAAUAUCCUGUACUUUCAAGGCAUUUAAAUAGCAAAUUUGUAUAAACAAUUGUCAGUGCCUGAGAGGUAUUCUCUCUUGAAACAUUCUUUAAACAAGCAAUCGAAAAUAUUCUAAUGUUACAGGUUCUGGUUGCCUAGGUAAUACAGGCAUAGCUCCCCUCUCAAAGGCAAGCUUUGGGUAAGGACUGUGUUUUGUUCAGAAACUUGUGUAUUAUAAUUUACCAACUUGGCGUUCCGAUUAUUGAGUGAUAUGAGAAGGGAGUGGAUGUGUUACAAUCACAGCUACGUAAUGAAACUGACCCAUCUCUCACUUCUAUUGCCACGUACAAGUUGUGCCAAUUUCUUAAUAGUGUGGGAGGUGGGACAACCUGAGCUACUGUAAUCUACGAACAACAGCUGGUGGAAAAGCUGGGUGUGUUUCAAAUGUUGGUCCAGAAUACAUAAGGACAAUUUGUGAAGAUGCAUGCAUGCAAAUUAAAGUGUAUAUCCUUUCCUGUUUUUUUUUUCUUUUGCAACUGUAAAGCCUAGCAGUCUGUUUGUUUUCUACUGCUGAACUAUAAGGUGCUUAUGCGUAACCAUGGGUGAGCUAAUGGAUUUUGUGUGGAAAGGUUAACACCUCUCUUUCCAAAUGUCAGUCGAAGAAACGAGACGUUCGUUCCACAGAGAAUAGAACACUGGCCAGUCUCUUGCUUACUCGCGUAGCAUCGUGAUUUUAACCAAACAUCCUGCUUGCGCAUGGGGAAGCUCAGGCUUCACUUGUCAUAAAAAUCACACCCACUUCGAGAACAAGACGCAAAAACUAUUGUAUGGAAAUGCAUGAUGAAAUCAGUUUAAAGAACCUCAACAGGUUUAUUCGGGAACGUGAAGGUCAAAAGAUGGAGAUGAAGCACAAAGGUGUUUAAUUUUUUCAAAUCAAAAAUGUUGUCAGUUCAUCUUUAAUGCCCACAAUCUGUGUUAUUAAGUCUGUGAUCACUUUUAAGGUAUUUGUUCUUACCAUGAAAAAGACUAUAUAAAAUAAUAAUAAUAUCCUUCAUAUUACACAUAUGCAAUAAAUAUCUUGAUGAUUGAUAGUUCUAAUACUCAACUUACAGAGUUCAAGCAAUUCUCCACCCAUAGCUUAACUAAAUCCUUUAGGCAUGAGAAACAAACACUACCAGACAUAUAGGUUUUAAAGGUUAAAUUACAUUAAAAAUGUCCCCUUUUUGAUACUGUGUUAAUAAAGAACUUAAUGUAUGCCUCCAAUACCAGUGCUUUAUUUAGAAUUACUUUUUCACUACAAAACUCAUCCAGUGUCCUUAAAUUGUAUUUUUAACUUCAGCCUAAUUGAUUUUUUUUCUGCAUAAUCUUUCAAUAAAACUGAAUCGUAAUCAAUUGACAUUACAUGGAUAGACACAGCUGUGAAUCCGAGUGUUAGUGUGUUCAGGUUUCAGUAUUAUUCAGAAUAGCUUUAAUUCAGUUUGUGGCAAAGAAACAAGUGUUCAAUAAAACGACCAAUGCAUUUAUGUAGGAAAUAACAUUUUUGAGUGCAGCGCUAAAUAAGGAAGCUGAAACAUUUUAAAUAUAGCCGUUAGCAAACAGGUUUUCUCAUUGUCCAGUGCUUUGAAGAAAGGGCUCUGAUAAGAACACUUGUCUUCUAUUUUCGGGUCUAUUUUCAAUUACGUUCUGUGGAGCAGGGUCGGAUUAAUGCCCUUGUGGGCCCUGUAGGCACUUCUCUUUCUUAGGCCAUUUGGUAGAGGUAUGUUUAUAAGUGUAUCAAUUUCUAUUGGUAAAUGGGUGGUCAAAAUGACAUUGAAUAUUUUUUGGAUAGCUUAUCCUUGCUAUAUACAUAUUUAUUCCAGAAAAAAAACUUUUUGUUAAAGGUUUUAUCAUACAAGUAAAAAACAAGGUCAUUUCUUUCAUGGGCUCUUUAGUUUUCACAGGGCCUAGCCACAGUAGGCACAGUAAGCAGAGCAUAAUACAGCCUUGUUGUUGGGGUGGAGUGAAGGUGGUAGGUAAGAUUCUAUAUUUCACAUUGGGCAUGUUUAAAACAAGCAGGGAGCUGCGUCAGCAUGCGUAGGCUGCUAAGGAACGUGUAAAGGUUUAUUCCAUGCUGAAAAGGAAAGAGAAGAGACACAAUAUUUCAACCGUGGACUUAGAUAUGGAAGAUCUGAUGAAGACUUCACAGCCGAAGCUUUGUGUCUCUUCUCCUUUCUCUCUGGAAUGGAAUAAACCUUGACGUGUUUAAAACAAGGUAACGAGCGGUUCAGAAAACCUAUCUGCACCCAAAGUGAGCUGAGGGGAGCAGUGGGAAAGCCUCUAGUGGUGGCACAGACAUAAUCCUCUCCUGUGACCUUGUCCUCAUUGCUUGAGCUUCCACCACUCCCCUCUCAAGGUUAUGAGAAAAGACGUUAAAGAGCGCCCUCUUCUGGACAGAGAAACACAGUCUCGGAUCAUUUUUAAAGAGGAUGAACUCCAGUCUUCAGUGUCCUGCAAGUUCAAAAAACAACUAUCCAAUAAAGUUAAUAAGAGGCAUCUUAACCUCUUAAUCAGUUCAGUUAAAUAAUUAAGAUCAAACUGAGAGCUCAAAUAGAGCAAAUAUCAGUAGGAACUGGGUUAUUGGGGAAGGACCUAGGACACCUAAGUAUUAUACAAAUAAUCAAUAAUGUCACUCUCAUUGUUGUGGCACAUAAAUUGUGUUAUACAAUUUAUACCUUUGUGUUUUCAGAAGGAAAAAGGCAAUAAUUUAUGAAGUAGAAUAUUAUUAUAAUAUAAAAGAUAUGCCUUUUUUUCUACAUACAGUUAGAGUCAUAUCAUUGCAAAUUAUUUUCCUCUCUCAGAACACAAGAACUUCAGAAGCUCCUAGUUAUUAAUGGCUUUUAUUACCUGUCACUGUACAAGUACGUUUUUACAGCCAAUCUGUAGCAAUAGAUUCAACUGUUAUAAGACUUCCAACCUCAAAACUCCGAGAAAUUUCACAGGAUACCAUGCCUGUAAUUUACACUAAAGCUGGUGAGACGGACGUUUCUAAAGCAAGCGUCAAAGUAAAUCUCCCUCUGUGAAAUUUUGGAAAGCCAUUACCUGACAUUGCCAAGGUUCACAUUCUCUUUCCCCCGCAAAUAAUAUCAAACAAAAUAAUUUGUCAUUCUGCCAUUACAACAGGUUUACUUUUUCGUGUUUUUCUUGCUGAAGCCCACUGGCAAAACAUACAACCUUUUCUUUAAAUGAUUAUCUGUAAAGCUUUCAAAAAUAACAAACUGUAAGGUCAGGUUUUUAAAAUGGGAUGCCUGCAGUGCUGACAGGAGCUGAAAAAUAAGAAAUUUGCAAAUUAAAGUCACAUACUUUACAAGCAUACUGUAGUCAAGAAUCACUGUGAACUUGCCUCAACUUUUGCGAAAUGUACAGUUGUGCUUAUGAUCAAUCAGCAGGCAUUCUUAAUAAGUCAAAAGAUUUAGUUGUGACAACCUGCUUAGGCCUUUGACUUUAACAUUUGGUCAAGGCAACUUAAAAUGCAAUUCUUUGUUCUCAAAUUCUCAAAUUCCAGUGAUAAAAACAUUUCAAAAUGUGUUUAUUCUGUAUCUCCAUUCUCACUUUUAAAUAACAUCCAACAUAGUAUGCUUUCAUGAUGCCUUGAAAAUAUUUUUUUGUAUCUUGCAGCAUGAAAAGCAACAGAGAAAUGUUUCAUUGCCGUAAAAAAAUGUUUAGCAAACCCAUGGUUAUUACAGAAGUGUGGUCUCUCAUUUGAUGCUCUGACUUCUCUAUUGUAUCUGGCAAAAUGAAAAGGUGUAUGUUGGCACAUUGUCAUUUUCAUAUAUUCUUCCUAACACUGUUUGUAAAAAUAUGGUUGAUUGUAAAUGUGCCAUGUGGAUAUAUUGAUUUAUUUAUAUGAAUUUGAAUUUGUUUUUUAUGUAAUUUUUUAUCUACCUCAGCUGUUAUUUUUUGUAUAGCUUUUUAACCUUGUCUUUCUAUUUAUUUCCUAGUAAACAAAAAAAGAAAAAAGCAGAUUAGUGCUGUUGUAUAGCCAGCAAUUCAAACAUUUCUGUGUUAUUUUCUACAUUGUGUCGUGCUAGAAUUCUUUAAAAUGAAACAAAUACAUUGUUUUAAAAUCCAUCAUCAUUACUGAUCUCUUUCUCUGGAUUAAACAAAGAAAAUUGGGGAAGGAUUAUCGAUCUAUAAACUCACCUCUAGAACCAGAUGAUAGAUAUCCAAUAAGAAGGAAUGUAGUUUAAAAAACUACAACACCAUCAAUAUCUUAGGGAUUGCAGACACAGUAUUGACACCCCCUUUCUAACCACACUGCAUCCACCAGAAUUCUUUUGCUAGAGUUUACAAGGCUGAACUAGCACAUAAUAUUCAAAACAAUAUAAUUGACAAACAACUAUAGUUGUAUAAACUAGGUUAUUAUUCUAAAUGAAUAUAUGAAUAACAUUGCAAAUGAAGGAUUUUCAACUGCACCUGUAAACUAAAACAGAUAAAAAAAUCUGUAGUUUCGACCACAUAGUGGACAUACUGUAAAAAGUUUACAUACAUUUUCAUAUUUCUUGUUGCUCUUUCUGACCAAGGCAGCAGUUAAAUGAUAACGUCGACCUGCCAGGCAAAGGUUAUAGUCCCAGCAGCUGAAUGCAACUUUCCAAUAAUAAUCAAUAAUUAGCCAUAAGAAUUUGUAUAAAGGUUUUCAUCCCAAAGGAUCACAAAGAGUAUUCCAAAAAAAUAGGGAAGCACACUUCACCCCUCACUGGAAUGUAGCACCUACCUGAGUGACUCAUGGCAGCAGUUCUAUACCCACAGCCUCACUCUACAGCAGGUCUGGUGGAGAAGUGGGUAAUAGCUUUAGCCAAUUAAGUAAACAGCGAAAUUUAGGGAGGUCAAAUUAUUCAAACCCAGAGGGCAAUUAAGCCAGAACACCAGGGUUAAUGCCCCUACUCUUACAAAGUAGCUCCAUGUGGUCAGAAUCUCAUCUAAGAGACAGUACCUCAUACAGUGUUGCAUGUAACAAUAGUGAGGCACUGGAUUUGGAACUUUUGCUCCAAAGGUAAGAAUACCACCUACCAGGUCACGAACACCACUGACAGCAGUAACCUCGUAUUUCCCUGAGGUCUCCUCAUCCCAGUGCUGAUCUGGCCAGACCCAGCUUUGCAUACUGUAUCUUCUGUUACCUGACAAGAUCAGACUCCAAGGUGGCUCACGCUGCUGUCACUAGACGGAUGUAAGAAACCUGCAGUAAACCAAUAGCCUCCAUCAAAUGAAAAAAUUGCAUGUUGCAUUCAGCACAAGACUCAAUGAAAUAAUGAUUGAGGGACUUCACCUAUUUUGUAAUCUGUGGGUAGGCUGAGGUUCUGCUUUAAUCAAAGCCUUUAAAGGAAAUCAAAACCUGUUUUAUUUCAAAUAACUUCCAUCUGAUUACUGAAGUCCCUGAUGGCAUCCCUUACACAGGGAUUAAACACCACAGGUUAGGAGCAGUGAUUUGCAAGCAGGAGAAUCAAAUACGCUCAAAGUUUAAGAAGGCAAAAAUACGCAAACGGGAACCUUGUGACGUCCCAUUAACUUGGACAGACAAUUAUUUUCUGCUUGUCUUUACAAUGUUUUUUCCAAUAAACAGUCUCA